UUUUUUUUUUUUAAAAAAAAAUACAUUCUUAUGUCGUCUUUUUCUUCUUCAAGCCAAAUAGGAAACUUUUGGGGUGAAGUUACCUCAACUAUUGAUUGGUGUGAGGAAAAUUAUACUAUUUCACCUUAUCUUGCAGAAUUCUUUAAUACUAUUACAAACUUAGGAUUUGUCAUUUUCUCUCUUUUCGGUAUCUACAAUAUUCUUAAAAAUGGCUCAAAUAAGACUAUUAUUCUUGCUUAUUUAGGUGUUAUUUUUGUUGGUUUUGGCUCAUGGUGUUUUCAUAUGACACUUCAAUAUAAAAUGCAAUUAUUAGAUGAAUUACCUAUGAUUUAUGUUGCUAGUCUAGUCAUGUGGCUUACAUAUUUAGCUGACCCAAACACUAAAAAUAAUAUUAUUCCACCUCUUGUCUUAUUCAUUUAUUCAGUCAUUAUUACUUAUUCGUACCUGAUUAUUAACAAUCCAAUCUUUCAUCAAGUCUCAUAUGGAAUUCUUGUUGUUGGUAUUGUCAUUAGAGCCACUUAUCUUUUUUAUCAGAUUCCUCAAGAUAAAAGUACAAGUUACAGUCGACCUAGAAUGAGACUUUUGUUAUGGCUUUCAGCAUUUGGAUUUAUUAUUGCAUUUAUUUUAUGGAAUAUUGAUAAUCAAUUCUGUAUGUAUUUAAGGGCGUGGAGAAAUACUGUACCUAUUUUAAUAGGUUCUGUUAGUGAACUUCAUGGAUGGUGGCAUAUUGGUACAGCUUUAGGUGUUUAUUAUUUUAUUGUCUUUUGUGAAUGGAUUCAACCUACGUUGGCAAAGGAAAACAAAAAAUUCAAACUUUGCUGGAUGGGCCCACUUUGUUAUUUGAGAUUAAUUGAAAAGAAGAGAAAAGAUUAAUACUGUGUAAUACAACAAUAAAAAAUAAAUAAUAACAUAAAAUGGCCCUUUCUACCCCUCUCUCUUUUUUUUUUCUUUUUCUUUGCUUUUCUCUUUAAAAUGUUACCUAGCAGAGAUUCCUCAUCAACAUUGACUGACAAUAGUUCAUCUUGUAUUGAAUCACCAAGAGAAACUUC